UACUAAAUCCCCCUCCCAUCCUCCCCACUCCCAUCCUCCUCCCAUUGAAUCACUUCCUCUCUCUCUCUCUCUCUCUCUCUCUCUCUCUCUCUCUCUCUCUCUAUACACGAGGAACAAAAGAAAGUUAUCUUGUUCUUCCAAUCAAAAGCUCCCACAUAGCAACCUAUCUCAGCUAUUUUAGCGCUUGCAGAAUGUCAUUCGCCUUUACUCGACCCUCCUCCAUGUGCCCAUUUCCUUAUGGACCCCAAUAGCGUCUCCGCCGCCGCUGUUUGAGCACGAAUUCCCAGAAGAUAGCCAUUUUAAUGAAGCCAGUCCCGGAAAUCUGAAGCCGGUUCGGAGUCAAACAGGUAAAUUAAAUGGCCUCCUCCGAAACCGAGACCAGGGGGAACUCAAUGACAUGCUCAUCGUCGUCCAAUUCCUCGCCGUCGCCGUCUCCGAAGAAGAACGGGUUAACGGGCGGCGGCGGGGGGAAGCGGGCGAGGGACGGGACCAAGCACCCGGUGUACCGCGGCGUGCGGAUGCGGGCGUGGGGGAAGUGGGUGUCGGAGAUCCGGGAGCCCCGCAAGAAGUCGCGCAUCUGGCUUGGGACCUUCCCGACGCCGGAGAUGGCCGCGCGGGCCCACGACGUGGCGGCCCUCAGCGUGAAGGGCGCCGCUGCAGUCCUCAACUUCCCCGACCUCGCCGCCUUCCUCCCCCGCCCCGCCACCCUCUCCCCGCGCGACGUCCAGGCCGCCGCCGCCCGCGCCGCCGCCAUGGACCUCCCCUCCGCCGCCACCGCCGCCCGGCCCGACGAGCCCUCCGACGAGCUGGGGGAGAUCGUGGAGCUGCCGCGACUCGGGGAGGGGUUCUUCGACUCCGCCGAGUCGGGUGGCGGCGAGUUCGUGCUCCACGAUUUGCCGGACCUGUGGGCGUACUCUCCGCCGUGGAUGGAGGGCGCCGACGAGUACGAGCUCUUCUCCGACCACACGUGGGCGGCGGGGGGACCGCCGGAGGGGGCCCUUCCGACCGGCCUCGAAGCUCUCUUGUGGGACCACUAAGACCCCAAAAAUCUCCUCUUUUCGUCUUCUCUAUCUCCCAUUUGCUUAAUUUCCAUAUAACUGUGGGUUUGUUUACGAGACUCUCAGCCAUACUGUGGCUGAAUUUACUGUACAGUGUUCUUUUUAGAAGCAAUGCGGAAGAGGAGAAGAAAAAUAAAUGGGAUGCUCUUUGCCUUUCUUUC